AUGACUGAUGACAUGCUAUACCAGCAAAUUGGUGACAGAAAUCGAGCAGAGUCUACCAUGAUAUUUCCGAAAACAUCAGAAAUACGUAAAAAAUGGAUCGACGCUUGCGGAUUGCAUAAAAAAGAUGUAUCCCGAAUUUAUAUUUGCUCACAUCACUUUGAAUUACCUGAUAAUUUAGUUGUAUUAAAGAGAUUACCUUCUGGGACUAUACCCACUGUAGAAAUAACUGUACCAAAUCACUCAGUUGAAUUAUCAAAUGUGUCAACAAUAAAAAGUACUACAGUUAAUACAUCGAAAUCAUCUGAAGUGAACAUCUCCAAUUUUGAUAUAAUGGAUUAUGCUAACGCUGUUCAUUCAAUAUCGGAAGCUUCGACUUAUCAUUCAUUGCCAGUAAUAGAAAGUACUAGUAUGUCAAAUUUAUCUGAAGUGAAUAUUACAUCUCCAAUUGUAUCUAAUGAAAUGGAUUUUGAUGAUGAAGUUCAGAUAAUAUCUGAAGUUUUCAUUUAUUAUUCACCUUCUAAAGAGAACAUUUCUCCUCCUCGAAAGAAACGUUCGUUUGCAGAGCCAAGAUAUAUUUCAGAAAUUAAUAUCAGUGACGUUAGUACACCGAGAAAAACGAGAAGAUUAAUCAAUUUUAUUAAAAAAAUGAAUCAAAAGAAAAGCAAACAAAUCAAAUCUUUACAAGAUGAAAACAGAAGACUUCGAAAGCGAAUUACUACAUUGCGAUUAAGACGAUUUUAUUCGUAAAAAAUAUACAAAACUUAUUUUAUUCC